AUGGUCGAAGACCAUCUCGUCUCUGAUGAAAGGUCUCGAAUGGCAGCCAAUCUUUUGCUCCUCGCCCCCCCAUGCGAGUUUCAUGAAGUUUAUAACGGUAGUGCUGUUGCCCAGUACACUCGAGAUCAAAUGCUCCAAAUCCAACUUCCUGACUGUGAGUAUCCUACACUUAUAACUCCCAUCUCCGACCUCGGUUCUGGUCGCUACUUUUGCCCUAGAACAAAGCAAUCAUUUACUCUUGACCACUUUAAGUUGGCUGCUAAUGAUGUUAAGCCCACGCCUGAUGAAGGCCUGUAUAGCUCGUUCUCAGAUAUCGAGCCUUGGAGAAGGUCCCUGGAGUCAAAUUUAACAGAUUAUUGCACCGAACACUUCAAAAAUGGUGCUGUGUCUGUUUAUUCUACUCAAACUGCCGAUGGUCGCUUUAUAAUAGCAUGUAUUGAAUCCCACUUCUCUAAAAACCAGUCAACUGGUCGUUGGAGGUCUGAAUGGCGUGUUUCGAUGACCGAUAAACCUCUUGGUACUACUUUAGAAGUCCAUGGCAUUAUAAAAGUACAGGUAAGCAUUUUCAUUAGUUUUGCUUCGAUAAGCUUACAGCUUAGUGUUGCAUCUUAUUUUCAUUGUUUCUGA